CCAGAUUGGAACAACGCGCCGUAUUCAAACAUAGGAAAUGAACAAUUUUCACGUAAAGGUACUCAAAAGCUGGCAAUACUGACAAUGGAAACAAAUGAAUUUCAACCAUCUAAUUGUUGUGGCGGUAGAGUACAUUACAGCGUGGCUUAUUACAAACGACGGUAA